UGGACUCGCAACAGUUAUUUUAUAUCUAAAUAAAACAUGGCGUCGACUAAUAAUAGCACAGAUAAAUUGAAGGUAUCACUUGAACAGGGAUUUUUAUUGACUGAAGGGACAGAAAGUAUAAACUGUACUCCUAUACCGCCAAUAAACAGUCCUUCAAUUAUUCAAGAUAUUGACACUGAAGAUACCACCAAGAAUCCGACCGGAGAAAAACAGGAAGAGCAAGGUGAGCAGACUGAAGAAGAAGGGCAAUAUAUUCAGCCUGAGCAAAACCCAUACAUAACGGCCGUGAAUUACCUCGAAGAACAUCACAUUAUGCAGAUAUUUCAACAUCUUACAUCAGGAAUUGUUUAUCAGAAACCAGAAGAUCCUCUGCAGUAUAUGGUGGAUGAACUGGUGAGGAUGAGAGCAAAGAAACUUGAGGAUGGUAUACGCUUUCCUGGCUCCUGAAUGUUGUAUACCUUCAUCAGUAAAUGUGGUUUUAACACUUUUGCCGACACCAACAGGGAUGCACGUUUACAUCUGCCAGGAUUCAUUCAAGGCGCCAUGUUCAUACCUGUCUAAACAUACCACUAUUGUAUAGUAGUGUACGUAAACUCACUGGUUGUGGCCAACAGGAUCGUGGACAUGAGCUCUCGUCCUGGAGGUUUAAGGGAAGACCCUGGAAAUAAUGAUCUAAAAAUAAAUACUGUAUGUUUGUUUGUGUUUAUAUUACAUAGUUGAUGGGAAUGAUUAUCAUUAUAGUGGCAUGCUUUAUGCCUUGGCGUAUGGGUUAAAAAUAUUUGUGCAUUGUGCAAUCAUGAUCGAUGAAAAUUUUAGAAUGAAUGAGAUCUUUCUUGUAAAAGAAUUUAGACGAUAAAUAUUUGGUUACUACAGAUUUCUUCAGUUUGUUUUCAAUCAGAAAGUACCAGUGGCAUAUCUAGAGAGUAUUGAAAUAAGUGGGGCACAAUGGCUUAAGUUGAGCGACCUCGAUGAUUAAGGGAGAGGGGGCUCGUUUGCUGGUAAAAUACAUGAGUGUAACUACUGUAGGAAACACUCCCCAUAUAUGUUCUACUGAAAAGGGUAAGCACAAUGUAAGCAAGGACCACAUAGAAGGUUGGAGCAGUAAUCAUUCCAUGUACAUCAAGAAAAAAAAAAACCUGUUUUGUUAUUGAUUAUUGUAGCUAAUAUGAAAUUGAAGAUUUUAAUUACACUUUUCGGUGAUCUCCCUGUCUCUGAAAGAGUAGACAAUAAUAUGAUGAUUUUUGUCAUUUUGAGAUCAUUA